AUACAUACAUAGACAAAAGAAGCACAGCCAGAGAGAGAGAGAGAAAGAAAGGCACACACGUAGAGAAUAUGCCAUUGCGAACCAAUGAGGAUUCAGCAUUUGAUAGACUCGCUCAGAGCCACUACUUUAGAUACGCGAACUCACACGUGUCAACCGUGCGACUCACUCCACCACUCGUGAACCACUCGCGUGACGUCACGUGCGAUCUUUCUCUAAACGCUCCGUCGCCGUUUUACUGAAACUUUGAAACUUCUUCUGUUCUUUCUAUCUUCGCUUUGAGUUGUUGCAUGCACAUCGUGUGUAACGUGAGCGAGUCCUCUGCGACGACGUCGUUUUGCUUGCACUGCUCGGUUUCAUGGUGCGGUUGUUGUGCUGAUCUUCUAAGUGAAAUCUUCUGAGGAUUAAUCUGCCAUGAGUGAAGUAAUUCAUGGUCUGGUGUUUGCUUCCGCGUUUCGCUUUUACAAUUUCUGUUCUGCGCAUGUAAGAAAUGUUUGACUGGAACGACGAAGAGCUUGCUAACAUAGUAUGGGGUGAGGCUGGUGAGAGUGAUGAUCAUAUUGUGCCUUAUCAGGAGGCAAGUGAAGAUCUUCAUGACAAGAAAGAAUGGAAUCAAAAAGCUUGUGCCACUAAAUUGAUCGAGCAGAGGAGAAUAGAGGCUAAAACUGAUUUUCAUCAAAGAAAGCUAGGAAGCAGUUCCAAACUUGAUAAUAUUGAAGGACAAUCUGCCUCAGAAUCUGGAACAAACUCAUGGCCUGACUUAUCUUUAUCUAGUGCUGCUAUAACUGAUCAGGGUUCCCUGGCUACUGAAGUAUCUAAAAAUUUAGAAGAAACUACACAUCUGGAAAAGGAUGUAGAAAUUUUUCAAAAUACAAAUGAAGUUAAAGAGCAAGGUGAUUUUGUCAACUAUGCCUGGGAUAACAUAGGAAGCUUUGAUGACCUUGAUCGAAUUUUCAGCAAUGAUGACCCUAUAUUUGGCCAUGUAAAUCUUGAGAAUUCUGAUGAGCUGUGGUCUUCCAAAGAUGUGAGUAACAGUGCAGUACCCAUACUCUUGGAAUCACCAAGUCCAGGAAGUGCUUUAAGGAACAGAUCUGAGCCUUUGGAAAUUAAAGCAGAAUAUGUUCAACAUAAUGGUCAAUCAUUUUCUCCCAGCUUUAAGAGUAUCAGUGAUUCUUCAUCUCAAGAUAUUCAAAAUGCUCAUGCAAACACAGUCAAUGUAGGAUAUGCUAGAGAUAGAAUUAUUCCUACUGAAAAGGUGCAGCAGGAUAUGGUAGGAAGGACCACUCAUGUGAUCUCAACUUUAGCUUCUGAAAAUGGUGCAACUGCAAAUGGAAUUGCUGAUAAGGGUUUUGGGCAAAAGAAUCAGUUGAAAGGUCGGAAAAAAUCCCAAGGAAAACAAGAGGGAAAAGUAAUGCAGGAGUUUUAUGGUAGUUGGUCUCCUUCAAUAACUGCAUCUGGAGAAUUUCAGAAUCAGUUGGGAUCUUCUGUUAUUCAGUCUUCUCCCUCUUCAAUUCUUGGGCAACAGAAGCAGAUUCAAGGACAUGCGACACUAUACCAGGACAUCACAAAUACAUAUGCGACAUCCCCUGCAUAUGGGAACCUUACUAAUGCAUAUCCUUCUAUCACAUUGCUACCACAAGCACAGUCUGGAGGUCUUAUGCGACAGCCUCUGCUUUCUGGGUAUGAAGUGUCUCUUGAUUUAAUGAAUCCUGUGAACAAGUCUGUGGAAUCAGUCAAGCCUCUCACUAUGACACCCCAGGAAAAAAUUGAAAAACUGAGGAGGCGGCAGCAAAUGCAAGCAAUGCUUGCUAUUCAGAAGCAACAGAAACAAUUGGGCCAUCAAGUUCCUGGUACUAAUAAAUCAAUGAAUAAAACAUGUGCCAUAGAAAUGCAAAGUCAACGUUGUGAUGGGGCUCAUCCUGAACAAGAUGAUUCUAAUAUAAUCUCUUUGCCAAUGGAUGAUCAUUUUGUUGAAGACACCACACUAUACAUGCUUCAGGAUAUUAUAUCAAAGUUAGAUGUCAAAAUUAGACUCUGCAUUAGAGAUAGCUUAUUCAGGUUGGCACAAAGUGCAAUGCAAAGGAAUUAUGCUAGUGAUACAAGCAGUACAAACAGUAGUAGCAGAGAAGAACUUGAAGCUGUUGCAAGAGAAGAAAGCAACAGCCAAAACAGAUAUGCUAGGAUUGCUGAUGUUGAAACCAAGACAAAUCCCAUUGAUCGAACUGUGGCUCAUUUGCUCUUCCAUAGGCCUUUGGAGUUAACUGGGAAUUAUCCUUGCAAACUAGAAUUGCCUAUUUCUGCUAAAAUGCAAUGUGAAAGCAACGCAGCUAACCUGGAGAACUUUCCUGUGGGAUGCUUACCAGAUGAGAAUUUAAAAAGUAAUCAACUCUCUUCCCAAGGGCUUAAGAAUUCUUGUGCUUUGUUUGAUGCCCAGCCCGAGGACCAAUUUAAAAACAGUGAUUGCAUUGAUACUUCAGAGAAUGCUUCUAACAAUGAGCCUGCUGUUGUUGGAGAUCAGGUGCUUGAAGCCUCUUAAUGAAGAAAAGUUCUCCAUGAAUCGGAGGCUGUCUAGAUCAUAAUCAACGCAACUGUUGAAGUCUAUUUCACAGAAUCCAGCACACAUUCUUCACCGUGCAUGUUAUCAAUAAUAUUUAUGUUUCGUCUGUUAAAACCUUCCCAGUAUGUAUCUCAGUCCUUGAACUUACUCGAAUGGGAGAUUACUGACUUAUUUUAGUCAUGACUGUGUUAGAUUUGUGCAGUACUAACGCCACUCAUGUCAAAUAGUCAAAUCUGGCCACACUGUUUUGGACCAAGCUUAAGUUGGUGUUGUAUUUUUAUUUAUGUAACUUCUUAGAGUUUUCCCGCAUCAUUAAUUAACGUAGUGACUGAGGUGGUUGAAGACCAAAAAGAGGAUUCUCCUUAUUAUUAGAUUCAAUUUCCUGAUCUCUCUAAAAAGGAAAAAGAAUUUCACGUUCUUCCUUUCAAUAAGAAAGAAUUUGCAAAAUCUUAUUGAU